AUGAAGAAACUCUUCUCCAUUAAAAAAAUACCCACAAGCCUUUGGAAGCAACCGUCAGACAAUUGUUAUUAUCCAUCCUCCUUCGUAUUGUGUGUUAAUAAUAGAACAGCUACUAGUAUCAAUUCUUCCAUUACUGCAAGGGGUAGUAUUCAACAACGAAAUUUUAAAACACGAAUCGGAACUUUUCAAGAGUUGAAUUAUUAUUUUACGAAUUUUCAAAAAAGAGAAUAUAGUACAAUGAUUGCUUCGGAUACAAAUGGAAUAACAACAGGUGCAUCUACGGAUACAGAUGUAUCAUCCAUUCCGAAAAGACCUGUCAUUCAAAUUGAUUACAGAAAUAAGGUAAUUUUAGCUCCUAUGGUGAGAGUGAACGGUCUUCCAUUUCGUAGACUAGCAGCACAGUAUGGAGCAGAUAUCGUUUAUUCAGAAGAAUUGGUGGAUAAAAAGUUACUUAAAUGCAAACCUGUGUAUAAUGAAAAGUUAAAGACCAUUGAUUAUAUUUCGGAAAAGGACAAGUCCAUUGUCUAUCAAGUAGAGGUUGUGGAUAAAGAUAGUGACUCACCAACAGCGUCACAAAAAGUACCAACAGUAUUGCAAUUGGGUACAUCUUCUCCAGAAAUUGCUCUCAAGGUUGCUGAGUUAAUGAUUGAUGGUUAUGAUGCAAUCGAUGUAAAUAUGGGAUGCCCAAAAAAAUUUUCUGUUAAAGGUGGAAUGGGAAGUGCAUUAUUGCGACCAGAAAACCAAGAGAAUGCUUUAGAAAUUUUGAGAACUCUUGUGAAAGGAAUUCAAGAAAAAUAUGGUAAACCCGUGACAUGUAAAAUCAGAUUAUUGGACUCUCCAGAGCAAACUUUAGAAUUAUUUGAAAAACUUCAAAACACUGGAGUAACAGCAAUUUGUGUCCACGCCAGGUACAUACCACAAAGACCUCGAGAAAAGGCUCAUUCUCAUCUUAUUGAACCAAUCUCAAAAAUUGCCAAAGUUCCUCUGAUUGCAAAUGGAGAUGUUUUCAAACCUGAAGAUAUUGAACGAGUGAAAUCUGUCACAGGAUGUUCAAGUGUCAUGAUUGCCCGAGGAGCAAUGUGGAAUUUAAGUAUUUUCAGAAAAGAAAAAGUACUUUUAGAUAAAUUAGAGGUGGCCAAAAUAUUAUUGGAUGAAUUUAUCAAAUAUCAAUAUCCAGCAGGAUUAUCAAAAUAUAUUAUUAAGAGAAUGUUUGAGACACAUGCCAAAACGAAUCUAUACAAAAGACUCGUUGGUUGCAAGGGAUAUGAUGACUUGCAUAAAGCCAUACACUUCAACGAUGGAGAAGAUCUCAACAGUAAGGAACUCUCCAUCGAGCAGAUUACCUCAAUUCCCGAAGAUGAUGACGUUCUCCCAAUCACUUCCUAUCAAUCCACUACUACCGUUACAGAACCCUUCACAAAGAAACAGAAAUAUCAAUAA